AUGUCUGCUCUAGUUUUACCUGCGCGUCCCCGUUACGGCGCGCUCCCGGAGGAAACCCUAAACCAGUCCACUUACUCCGGUACUUCCGCUGCUCUGGCGACGGCCGGUUACCGUUCAGCUCAGUACACCCCGGAUGAGUGGAUUGCCAACAAUCGCGCGGCGCUGAACCGGGCCGCCGCAGACAGCGCGAGCGCCGAACAGAUCCAGCGCGCGUCCAGAGCGCUGCGGGCGGAGACCGAGGCCACCGCGGCGCUCCGCCAGACGGACGGCACCAGGCACCUGGGCGCGCGCCUGCAGGACAUCCACUUCCGGAGGUCGGAGCUGGAGCGGCACAUCACGCGCCUGCUCACGGACACCGAGCGGCUCGCGACGCUGAAGCGGAGGCUGGAGAAAGCGCUGCACGCGACCGAGAUCCCGUUCGCCAUCGCCACCGAUAACCUCACGUGCAGAGACAGACGAACCGGACCGGACCGCGUUCAAGACCGAGUGCAGGAAGAACUUCUCAAAGAAGUGGAUCUGAUUAAGAGCGUCCAGGCUCUGUUGAAGAAAACUCUGGAUCAGACAGUCAGUCAGAUCAGGCUAAACAGGAAUGCUCAGCAGGUUCUGGAGCUCGACUGGUCCGAUAAACAUGAAGCCUACAGUCUGGAUGAUCAGUGUGGACGCUAUUGCAACACCAGCACAAACACACAACAUUAUGCCAACUCUGCUACUGCACAGCAUCAAGUGUGUGAUGUAGAUGGCUGGAUGAGGUUCACUCAGAGUAAUGUGGCUCAGGCUGAGCGUGAGGAGGAGGCGAGUGCGGCGCUGUGUGUGUUGUGUGAGUGUGUGCUGCAGGAGACGGCUGGGGACCUGCAGGAGCAAAGCGACGCCGUGAGCAAAGCCUUCACACAGCGCUGCCACGAGCUCACACACGCCAAGAGCCAGCUGGAGCUGCAGCUUAAACAGGUACUGGAGCAAAUCGGUUCUCAGGAGCAGAACAUCAGCUCUCUGCAGCAGGCCGUGUUUGAUAAAGAGGCUCCUCUGCGUGUGGCUCAGUCACGACUGCACUCCAGAGCACAGAGACCCAACAUGGAGCUGUGCAGAGACCAGCCUCAGAUCAGUCUGCUCGGUGAGGUGGAGCAGAUCUCGGGCAGUGUGUGUGCUCUACAGCAGCAGUUGUGUGAGGCGCGUGAUUCUGUCGCUCGGCUGGAGGAGAGCAGGAUGCUGCUGGAGAAAGACAUCGGCUGUAAAACACACUCACUGCUCAUCGACCGGGAGAAGUGUCUGAAACACCGUACACUCUACCCCGCCGUGCUCACGCUGUCCGGAUACUGACACACACACACACACACACACACACACACACUUUUCAAUGCAUUCAUAAAGGCUCUGAUUGAUUUGGUUUGCUGUUUUCUUUCAUUCUAUUGUGUUUUACACUGUAAGUGAAAAAACAAAUUUUUGGGGCGGAGUCAAUGAAAAUUAAUUAAU